AUGUUCCACCCCCGGAUGGCCCGUAGGCCAAGAACCGAUCUUUGUCAAAUUUGCGAGCUUCUCACUGUUCGGCAGCCCAACCUCGCGAGGCGGUCUCUUGCGACAAUUGUUGCCAGUCGGCCAAGCAUUUCUGUGCCAAAACGGCCCUCGAAAUCCGGCCCGUCGAUCUUGACUACUAGAUACACGGCGUCAGCUCAGAGGAGAGCAUCGACUGGCACGGAGGUGCCGGCAGGACAGGCAAAGGAGGUGCCUAACUUGGCCGAACUGGUGGCCUCUGUCGGUCGGACGAAGCAGUCCUUCCUGGGCCAAGACGGCCUUCCCGAGGAGGAAGCGGUGCUUGAGGCCUUGCGAACCUGCGCAGCAGCAGCAGAGCUGCUCAUGGACUCCACCGUACAGCCAAAGUUGAGCAAUCUCGAAUUUCAGUCCGACACUGCUGCAUCCAACCUCCUGUCGCUGGACGAGAACGGCCGAAAGAUUGCCAAGAGUUCGCCAUCGACGCAGCAGAGUGCUACACCUGCACGACUCAAGGAUGUGAUUGGCAAGGUCUCGGAGGCUGCUUAUGCCAUUAUCACCCACCCACCCGUCUUCAUUACACCGCAACUGCUGGAACUCUACGUCGACAUACAGGCCCGUCUCGUUAAGCCGGGGACCUUACCUCAGGUGUUCACAUUGUAUGGAGAGAAGCCGCUGCCAAGAGUUUCAGGAGGCACAAUCAAAUACGUUGCGCAAAACCCAAACAAGGCAUCGAAUGCUGUACCUCCCCAGGUUGUUGAGAAGGCUCUAGACGCUGCAAUCGAAGCCAAGGACCUGGAUGCGGCCGUGGGCAUAGUCGAGACUGGUUACGCGAGCAAGGCUUUUGUCCGCGCCAAGAUCGUUAGGAAGGCGCUGGUUCCCGUCUCGGCAUUCGCUGCGGCCCCGGCCGCCGCCUAUGUUCUCGCCACGAACCUAUCACAAUUCCAAGAUACCAUGGAUAAGAGCACGGCAACUGGCAUUGCUUUUGCAGGCAUCCUGGCCUACGUGGGCUUCACAGCCACCAUCGGUGUGGUCGCUGUUACUACGGCUAACGACCAGAUGAAGCGGGUGACGUGGGCCCAGGGAACACCUCUGAGACAGCGAUGGAUCCGCGAGGACGAGCGAGCUGCCCUUGAUAAGAUUGCAUGCUCCUUUGGAUUUUCAGAAUCAUACAAGUACGGUGAAGAGGAGGGCUCGGAGUUUCAGUCUCUACGAGAAUACAUCCUGAGGAAAGGCAUGGUGUUGGACCAGAUAGAUCUCAUGGAGGGCAUGAGCGGCUGA